AUGACUGUCUGCCUUAUCAUGGAGUGUAUUAAAACUGCUAGUUUCUAUGUUAAUUGGAAUGGGAACAGUGGGAAUUUGUUCAAAGCUAGUGAAGGGCUCAGACAAGGAGACCUUAUAUCCCCCAUCCUUUUUGUCUUAUGUAUGGAUUACCUCUCCAUAAGCCUUAAAAAGCCUGAUUCCUCCUUCUCUUUUCACAAAGGCUGUAAUACUUUAAAGAUAAAUCACCUGAUGUUUGCAGAUGACCUCCUCCUGUUUUGUCAUGGUAGUAUGAAAUCCAUUGAGUUUUUCCACAACACUCUCUCUAAGUUCAAAAAAACCUCUGAUUUUGAGAUUAACCCCUCUAAAAGUCAGAUUGAUUGUAAAGGGAUUACUUCUAAAAUUACUAGUAGGAUCAAUACUUGGACCAGCAAGUUACUGUCUUAUGCAAGGAAACUCCAGCUUAUCCAGUCAGUCCUAAUGAGUAUGCACGUCUUUUGGGCUUCUGUGAUGAUUUUACCCAAGAGUGUUAUCAAAGAUAUUCAGGGAAUUUGUUCUAGAUUUCUAUUGAAUGGUGCUACUGAGGGCAGAUACAGUGUUAUGGUCUCUUGGAAAGAUAUGUCCAAGACAAAGGAUGAAGGGGGCCUGAACAUCAAAGGGAUUAGAGAUUGGAACAAGGCAGCUAUUAGCAAGCAUGUCUGGUACAUUUUCAACAACCCUGACUCUCUCUGGGUGCAGUGGAUUAAGAAUAACAAGAUCAAAAAGGGAAGCUAA